AUGCCACCACUAGGAAACCCACGAACACUCUCCAACCAACAACCGCCUGAAAAACUAAAAACGUCCUUCCUGCCUGAAAUAGAUGGCAAUCCGUUGGGACCUGACUAUCAGCAUGGGCUACUUCACCAAGUGUUGCAACAAAAAGACGUUCCGGAGGUGCCUACCCCAGUUGAUACUAGCUACCGCCCAAUAUCACCCCCAGGGCUAGUUCAGGAAGUUCAUCCAACUCUACAGGAGGUCAGUCCUAAUAAAGAAAUUAUAAUAGCAUUGAUGGGAGUAACAGGUAAAAUCCAAAGUGCAUUCAAGCUCAGCAUGCAUUUGCUAAGAUGGGUAACAGGAGCUGGCAAAAGCUACUUCAUUAGAGAGGUCUCUGGUAACUCGGAGGUCGUAGUGGGUCGCAAUCUUUAUUCUUGUACCCAGGAGGUCCAAUCUUACUCUUUCGACCAUGAAGGGGCGAAAAUCACACUAGUCGACACUCCUGGCUUCGAUGAUACGAAUAAAAGAGAUACGGACGUCCUAAGGGAAAUUGCUGAUUGGACCUCAAAAACCUACAAGGACAAGCGACUCCUCUCGGGUAUCAUCUACCUCCACCCCAUCACCCAUGCUCGCAUGGUAGGUUCUGCCCUGAAGAACCUUAGGAUGUUCCAGAGCUUGUGCGGUCAGAAAGUCCUGAGCAAUGUGUUUCUCACAACAACCCAGUGGUCCAACGUCGAUCAGACAGAGGGGGACUUUCGCGAAACUAGUCUCCAGAAUCCUGAUUUCUGGGGAGGACUUAUUGAUAAAGGCGCCGCUCUCCAGAGAUUCCAUGGCACCAGAGAAUCCGGAUUGGAACUUAUCCGCAAAUUGAUACCAAACGAACCAAAAUCCCUCGAUAUUCAGGUUGAGAUUGUCAACCAGGGUAGGACCCUACUUGAAACCGAGGCAGGGAAAUACAUUAAUAAAGAAUUGAUUGCUCAAGAGAAGAGACAUAAGGAGGAAAUAGAAUCUCUAAAGAGAGGCUUUGAGGGGGCUAUGCAGGAAAUGAGAAAUGAAAUGAGAGAUGUCCUUGCGGCAGAGCAGAAGAAACUCGAAAAGGUUGUAGCUGAAAAGGAGUUGCUAGCAGAGUUGCAUGCAGCGGAGGUAGAAAAGCGCAAGGGGAAAGAGGCGGAGAUCCCCGAUAGGGCAGUGAUUGCCGUUGCUACUAAGGACCUCGAAAUUAUCGCAAGCGCGGUCAUGAGCUAUAACACCAGAGGUCGCUUGAUCUCAGACAUCAAUAACGACGAGCAGUUCAAGUCCGACACCUUCGGGGUCACGAUCCAUUACGAAUCCAACAGCUCCUCCAGUGUCCAGGUUGAUACAAAGAAAUUUCUAGGGACGUCUGAUGCGGGGAUGGGUGCUACCAGCUACAUUACCUUGGACGACGUACGCUAUCAGCGCAAACCUGGUAUGCAUCGCACAAUUGGCGGCCAAAAUUUCAUCAUCUUUAGCAAAGUUUCGGUCCGUGGGACUUAG